AUGAAUGGUGUUCCUUAUCCAUCUGUGAAUGGUUAUCCUUAUCCAUCCGCGAGUGGUCUUCCUUAUCCAUCCAUGAAUGGUCUUCCUCAUCCAUCCAUGAAUUAUCUUUCUUAUCCAUCCAUGAAUAGUUCUCCUCAUCCAUCCGUGAAUGGUUCUCCUUAUCCUUCUAUGAAUGGUCUUCCUUAUCCAUCCAUGAAUGGUCUUCCUUAUCCAUCCAUGAAUAGUCUUCCUUAUCCAUUCAUGAAUAGUCUUCCUUAUCCAUCCGUAAAUGUUCUUCCUUAUCUAUCCGUAAAGGUUCUUCCUUAUCCAUCCGUGAAUGCUUCUCCUUAUCCAUCCAUGAAUGGUCUUUUUUAUCCAUCCAUGAAUGGUUCUUCUUAUCCAUCCAUUAAUGUUCUUCCUUAUCCAUCCAUGAAUGGUCUUCCUUAUCCAUCCGUAAAUGUUCUUCCUUAUCCAUCCAUGAAUGGUCUUCCUAUACAUCCAUGA